UUCCUCGAAUUUCUUCACACAUCCGAAACAUCUAUUGGACGGCCAAGAUUAACCUCCUCUGACCGGCCGCCAGUCCCGGCCGGAGCGGAGGUGAUCGAAAAUCCCCAAGAAAUCGGCCCCCUCCGCCGCUCUGCUCUUCCCUGUUUUCUUUCCUUCGUCUUCCAUGGACGCCGCCCCGGCCACCAAAGCACCAAAUCCUAAUCCUGCCGGCGACUGGACCGUCGUCUCCCGUCGCCGCCGCGGCAAACAGCGGCAGAGGGACCUCCUCCCCGACCCCACUCGCCCCCAAAUCAAAACCCUAGCCCUAACUCCGACGGCUUCAUCGCCAUGGACUCCGAUCGAUUCCGUCAUCGAGCCGGCGAGGGAAUCCAAGCUCCUCCAAAGGAUGCAAGCCGCCAUCCGACGACUUCAGAGCUCCCGAUACUACCAGCGCUUUCUUUCCCGGUUGCGGGACGCCCAGAUCCGGAACGGCCUCGCUAGGGUUUUGGGCUCUGGAAGGGAGUUUCAGAUGGUGGUCUACGGCAUCGGGAGCAUCGAGUCCUACGACCCUCCGCGCCUCCAGCUCGCUCUUGCUGUCCUCCUCCGGCGGGAGCUCGGCCCGACCGUGGCGUCGGUAGACUUGUUCGACCCGGUCCUGUCGGCCACCGAGUGCGCUGUGGUGAGGGCACUGGGUUGUACAGUGGUCCCGGUGGACGAGCAGGGGAGAAGGGAGGCGACGGUGCCGACGCUGUUCUACAUGCCUCACUGCGAGGCGGCCCUGUAUGAUGCCCUGCUGGAGGCCAAUUGGAGGCCGUCGAUGUUGAAUCGGAUGGUGGUGCUGGGGAACAGCUUCGCUGCGUAUGAAAAGUACAUGGAGGAGGUGGCCUGGAGUAAUGGGAGCGUGGCGAUGGGUUUUUUAAGGCUUUUCAUGAUACAAGCUGGCACUUUUUCGAAUUGGAUGAUGAUUUCCAGAUGAAUUCUUUAAAGAAAUGAAGUCAUGGCCAGCUUUUUCUCAUGGAUCUUUAUAAUUUUGCCAGUGGCCUCCCAAGGCAUUAAAUUGGAGGCACUACUGUGUCCGGUAAAGCUUAAAUUAAAUGUGGUUCUGGUGUCUCACUACCCUUGGGUGGAGAAUCGUGAAGAUGACAUGGGUAAUUGAUUCCUGUGCACAACUAUGUGGAAAUUUCUCUUACAUUCCUCCGGAAGGGUUGUUUUUGCUGCCUUCCCUCUUUAGGUUGGUUGUGUUAGCUGAUUUAAUUAUGUGUAGUUGUUUUGCUUCUAUGUGGAUGGGGAAGUCUCGAGACUUUCUAAGCAUCAAAAUAUUGCGGUAUUCCAAGGUUAUGAAAGCCUACAUCGUAAUGACUGCUGAAGAUAAAAUACUUGCAGAUUGCUUGUGGUGAAACCUGAAAACCUAGUCCAAAUAGCUCUCUGACAUACUUUGAUUGGAUUCCAUUGAUCAGGCCCAGCCCUUCCCUGUACUACAUUUGAUAUGGAAGCAUUAGCUUCUAUUGCAUACAUAGUAUGCGGAAGCAUUUGCUAUA